AGACCCCGCUUCGCGCUUCUCCGUCCCACCGUACCGGGGGGUGUCUCCAUGAUAGAAUCGAGUGGCUUUAUGAAAAAGGCCCCUCGCUAGAACAGGGGAGGACACUGGUGAACCCCCUUCCUGCUCAUCCAAAUGAUAAAUGCAGGUCAACGAGCAGUUGCGCGAUCUCAUUUUCUUCUAUCCAUUUCCCUGCCAAUUCCUAAUGUAUCAGGUAUUGCCCCGCCCGAGAGGACGCGUGAAAUCAUUGUCGUCUUGGAGAUGCGCCAUGAUGGGGACAGGAUAACAAGAAAUGCAAUAAAAGAGCAAUCAAUAUUUAAAAGGGGGGCAGAAGUAUCGAGGAACGGUGGUUUAGUACAGUAGAUUCCAUAUGAGGAUAUUCAUAAACCUGUGUUUCCCUACGCAUAUGGUGCUCACGCUCCGCCAUGCGUGAUUUGAUAUUCUCCAUCUCCA